CCUUUUCCCUUCUCUUUCCCAUCUUUUUUAUUCUUAAUUUCUGCAUGUCUUGUACAACUAAUCUCUGAAUCUCAAUUCAUUCAGGUUUGUGUUUGAGGAUAGCAUGGAAGGUAUUAUUGUCAGGCGGGUCAUUCCCUCAGACAACAGCUGCCUCUUCAAUGCCGUCGGAUAUGUUAUGGAUCAUGACAAACACAAAGCUCCUGAACUAAGACAGGUUAUAGCUGCAACAGUGGCUAGUGAUCAAUCAAAGUACUCCGAACCAUUUCUUGGAAAACCAAAUGACGAGUAUUGUGCCUGGAUUCUUGACUCGGAGAAAUGGGGAGGGGCCAUUGAGCUUUCAAUAUUAGCAGAUUACUAUGGAUGUGAAAUUGCAGCAUAUGACAUUCAAACAAGUCGAUGUGAUUUGUAUGGCCAGGAAAUGAAAUAUCCAGAAAGAGUUAUGCUGAUUUAUGAUGGCCUUCAUUAUGAUGCCUUAGCUAUGUCUCCUUUUGAGGAUGCUCCGGAGGAGUUCGACCAAACAAUAUUUACUGUGCAGAAGGAUAGGAGUAUUGGGUCUGUUGAAAGGCUUGCUAUGAAUUUUGUUAGGGAAGAACAGAGGAAGAGGAGAUUUACAGACACUGCGAAUUUCACACUACGAUGUGGAGUAUGCCAAAUUGGUGUUGUUGGCCAGAAGGAGGCCAUGGAGCAUGCACAGGCAACUGGCCAUGUCAACUUUCAAGAAUACAGAUAGGGAUUGCAUCUAAGGAGAGAUUAAAAAAUGAGAGAUCCCAUUAUUCCCUUGGUGAGCUCCUCAAGAUAGCUACCUGAUUUUUUCUUUUUAAUAAUAAUUUAGACCCUCAUUGGAUUGGUGGGGUGGAAUUAAUUAAUGGAUCCUAAUUUAUUGGGGGUAACUGUUAUUUAAUCGAAUGUGUUACUGUUUUAGAAUACUUAUUGUGGUUCAAUUCAAACAUGUUGUAGCGAAUA